ACUGUAUUAAAUUUUUACUUAACCACCAAUCAAACAUUAUCCAAACUUGUUACUCUUAGGCAUAACUUUGAACAAUUUGAAAUUUGUGAUUUUGUACUGAAUCUCUACCUUUUGUUAACAAACUUAACAAUUGUUAAGCUAAAGAAGAUCUAUCGAUUGAAUAAAAUUAGAGCUGGCAACUUUGUCAAUUAUCAAAAGCAUAAUAUUAUUAUUUUGGUACAACCCAAUCAUUUCUAAACUAUGUAAAAAUCGUUACAUUUAUCACUGAAACAUUAUACAACUUGAUGCAAAAUGGAGCUAAUUAGACUGCUGAAUGUUUGUAGAUUGUGUCUGAAGCAAAGUUCUACGAACCUCGACAUAUUUUCGGAUAGCAACGUAGAGAACAAAAUUCUUAAGGUGUUCAAAUUCGUGCUGGAAAACAAUGAAAAUCUUUCCAAGCUUGUGUGCCUGGCCUGCUAUGAAUGCAUUUUUCGGUUUUUUGAUUACUCGGAGACGGUUCAGCAAAAUCAAAUCUAUUUGAAUGCGUUGGUGAGCAGGGAUAAAGAACAGAAAAUAAUACCGGAACCGUUUGAGGCGUUUCCUGCUAGUAAUGCUACCAUUCAAUUCAACGUUCAGAUUCAAUCGGAUGUGCGUUCCGCUUUGGAACCCGUCCCGGAUGAUGAUAUUGAUGAAUCAGGUGCCUCCGAACCGGAGAAAUUGAAGCAGACUAAACAAACGAAGGGAGAUCUACUGAUCAAAGAGUACGUUUCACUGUCAUGUGACCUGUGCAGUGAGGAAAACUCACCUGAAUUUGAACACUUCAAGCUAUUGCAAGAUCACUAUCAACAGAACCAUCACGUGACUGGUUAUGCCAGCUGUUGCGGUAGAAAGUUCACCCGGAAAGAUCGGCUCAUAACCCACAUUACCAAUCACAUCGAUCCCGACGCGUUCAAGUGUGAUAUUUGUAAGCACACUAGCAAAAGUCGUUCGCUACUCAAGAUUCACAUGAAGCAACAUUCGGACAGUGCGGAACGUCGAUUUGCCUGUGACAAGUGCAAUCAAACUUUUGUCCUACGAUCGCAGCUGGUCAACCAUGGGGCAAGCCACUUGCAGGAUCGUGAGAAAAAACAUGUUUGCGAAGAAUGCGGCAAAGCAUUCGCCCUAAGAUUUGUGCUGGCUAGGCACAAACUCCUGCACUCCACUACUGAGAAAGAAUUCAUUUGCGAAAUUUGUGCCAAAUCGCUUUCCUCGAAGGCCAGCUUAAAGGCUCACAUGAGUGGCCACGGUGAGGAGGCGCAGCCGAAAUUAAAGUGUCCCACUUGCUCGAACUGGUACAAAAAUGCAGAAACCCUGCGAACCCAUGUCCGGGUUCGCCACCGGGAUCAACGGAUUCAUCGAUGUGAUGAGUGCGAGAAAGUGUUUCCAACUAAGAGCUCUCUUUCGGCACACGUCAAGUACGUCCAUCUGAGGGAAACCAACUUCGGCUGUGAGCAGUGCGAUAAAAAGUUUCGUAAAAAGGUGGAACUUAAGGAACACAUGGCACGAACUCAUAGCGGCAAAUCCUUGUACCAAUGUGAAUUCUGCUCUAAAAGUUUCUCGUGCAGUUCGAAUUAUUUUUCACAUCGGAAAAACAAACACUCCCAAGAACGUGCUCAGAAACUGACAGUAGCAGUUGAUAAUCAUUUAGAAAAUAAAAGUUGAUAUUUUUA